AUGUUUGCAGUGAAUAAACUCCUUAAGCAGUGCAAGUCGUCCGCCAGCAUGAGCUCUGAGAACAGCAGCCCAUGGAAUAGUGCGCCCGUCGCCAGCGCCAGUCCGAAGGCCGUGAGCCCGUGGGCUGUGUCCCCUUUCCAGACCAGCAAUCCGUUCAAGUCCCCGGAAACGUCUUUGUCGCUCACAGAGACGGAACCCGAGCCUGAUGUGAUCAGUUCCGCUGUAAUGAAAAAUCGACCGGCGACGACAAAGCCUGCAUCCGCUUUCUCGGCGGCGUUUGAACCCACGAAGGAGGCAGAGGAACCCGUUGCGUCAUCGGCUUGGGUGGUGGCGCCUAUUGUGAAGGUUGAAAAGACGGUAUCGGCGUCCGCGUGGACGUCAGCGGAGCAGGCCAAAGAAGAGACACUUGCUCUUAUCGAGGAGAGAAUCGUUCCUGUUGUAGAAGAAGUCGUGGCAGAAGAGAUGGCGACCGUGGAGGAGGAGGAGCCAGAAAUGCAGACGCAGGGCGAGCGGACGACGAGUGCGUGGACCAGUGUCCCCGUGCAGGAAGCGGCUGCAAGUGCGUGGACGAUGGCGCAUGUUGCCAAAGAGGCAGCUGUUUUGGGGAAGGCUGGAGUCGCGGAAGAGCCUACAGUAGUUGCUGUAUCUGCCCCGGUUGAACCUGCUGAAGAGACUCCUCUUGUGGUUGUCGACAAAAUUGUCGCUCCGCACAAGGAGGAAAAACUCCCCUGUGCAGCUUCUACUGCUGGGACGACGGCUUCAGUUGGAGAAGCCGCAUCGAGUGCAUGGACUUCUGCUCCUGUUUCGGACGAAGUCGUCCCUGCUGUGGUGAAGGUGGAAGCCGCUGUGGAAAGGCCUGUCGCUCAGGAAGAAGUCGUUGAGCCGGUGGUAGAACCCGCUGCUGUUGAGGCGGAAGUUGAGUCGUGUCCUGUUGAGGAAGCACCUGUGGAGACAGCUAGCCCGUGGACUGCGGCAUCUGUUCAGCAAGAAGCUGCGUUUGUCGAGAUAGUCACGCCAGACCUGGCAGUGGAGACACCUGAGCCAGCCGCGGAGAAGCCAGAACUUGUGAUGAUGGCUCGUAAGCCCGUUGCAGAAUCACCUAUUGAAGAAGAUGGCCUGCCGACUGGCGUAUGGAAUUCAACUUCUGUCCAGAAGGAAGUUAUGAUGGAGGCUGCUCCCGUUAAAGAGGAGCCGAUCAAACAGGAAGUGAUCGAAUUGGCCGAGGCGCCGGUUGAGGAGAUUGCUGCUUUUGUGGAAGCAGAGAAGGUGAUGUUUGCUACAUCCUCGGCCUGGAACACGACUUCUGUACAGGAGGUUAAGGCUGAUGAGAUUGAGAAGGCAAAGUCAAUAAAGGAAGUGAAGCCCGUCCAGGAACCUGCCGUCGUAGAAGAGGUGACCAAGGAGGCGCCUGUAGCGGCCGCCAAGGAUGCCCUCAUGACCACGGAGGUUGUGGUCGAGAACGGUAAGAUUGAUAAGAAGGCCAUAGCGAACGCAUUUGACGGCGUAGCCAGCUACAAGGUUGACAGCGUGAGCAAGAUCAAGAAGGUCCCGACCGUCGAAGCGGCUGCCGCCAAAUCGGCGGAUGCGCCUGGAGCAUGUGGUGCCUGUGGUGUCGGCGGCUGCAGCAUCCAGUAG